GUGUUUGAUAUGUUUCUUAACCAUUAAUCAUUCUCUAUCACCAGCUACUAUUGUCACCGUCAACCACUCCGUUGUCGGUCACCCUUAAAACAAGUUUGGGCAAUCGGGGGCUGGGGCAUUCGGGUCGGGCAAUGACCGGAUACUGUAACACCCUCCCACAAUUUGAUCUUCCAAAACUUCCGUUGGAGGCCUAUUCCGUAGCUUAUAUCGGGGUUUCCUCUCUCAUUCCCUGCAAUUCCCCAUUCCCGUUUCUUCAUCUCAAGCUUCGUUUCUUCUUCCCCGAUGGCCGCCACUCACCUUCACGCCGUAGCUGCAACUCCAUCCGCCGCAGACUCUCUCUUCUCUCUCUCGUCUGCUAUUCAACCCUCUCGCGCUUCAAGAUUUCAAUUUCUUCGCUAUCUUCUCGGCUGCAUUUGGUCUCCUACCUCUGAAACUCAUCAAAUUCAUCGCCAAUUCCUACUACUGUAAUCCACUCACGGAAGGCCUGAAUUAUGUCCGUGCAGUUCAUUUGUUUUUUUUUUGAGUAUUUCGAAUGUUUCAUUCCAAUUUCAAUGGCCUGGAACUUAGAUAUGAAGGACAUGAUGAAGUAAGAAGGAAACACUGCCGAUAGGUGCUUUGUUGGAUUCCAGUUGUGGUUCAAAUGAAGCCACAGAGAAAUCAUGUCAAGAGCAAACUCUUCCUAUUUUUCAGAAAAUUGAAGAUCUGGCUGCUAAAGUGCAUGAUUUGAGAAGAAAACAUGCGGCUCUGAGUGAUGAGGUGAAGAGUAUCACUCCAGAUUCUUUCCCUGGUUCUNUCCCAUUGGAAUCAGUGCUUGACACGCUCUUGGUUUCAAUAGUACUCAUCUAACAAGCAU